AUGUCCGACUUUAUCGUUUCCGCAUGCACAGGAUUGAAAACCAAUCUUUCCCCCUCAGAUAAAAUUUACAAAGAUGACUGCAUGUUUUCUUUUGACACACCAGAAAACAACGCCAACGGGCUUGAUAUUUGUAUGUCCUGUUAUCAAGCUUUUGCCCGGGCUCCCCACAAAAACUAUACUGCAGAACACUACCAGGAUAAGAGACAUUCUCUUUAUGUCAACAUCACGAAGCGGUUAAAACCGGAAGAAGAAAGAAAGCGGAUUCUCGAUAAUGAGGACUCCACCCGCCAGACAAAAAUUCCUCGCUUGGAAGUGACUGAUCACGAGCAAGAUGAGUUUUACAAUGUCUUCAACUCAAUUUAUGUGGCCCCUUUAGACACGCUGGUUCCUCUAGAUGAAUGUCCUGAGCCGGCCAGCCUGUUGGCGCAACAAAUUCUAUUUUCCAACUCUGCAAGUACGAAUGACGAGAUCAAGACUUGGGAGCAGCAGGUUUUCCCCUGCGCACACUCAAGUAGCAUUGAGCAAACUUCAGCUACAGCAGAUUUUUCUCACUGUGCCUCAUGCGACUUGGGCGAAAACUUAUGGGUCUGUUUAACAUGUGCUGCGGUCGGGUGUGGCCGAGAGCAGUUUGGUUCCAGCUUGAAGGGAAAUUCGCAUGCGUUGGUCCAUUUUGAACAAACAGGGCACGCUGUGGCGGUAAAGCUCGGCUCUUUGGCUGCGGAUGAAGAUAGUUGCGACUGCUACUGCUAUAGUUGCAAUGAUGAAGUGAAAGUCCCUCAGUUAGGUGCCAAGCUUCUUCAAAUUGGCAUCGACUUGAACUCUGCAGUCAAAACAGAGAAAAGCUUGAUUGAGUUGAACUUGGAAACCAACAAAAACUGGCAGUUUAACCUUGACGGAGCUAACGGUGAUAAGUUAGAACCCGUUUUUGGACCAGGACUUACUGGACUAGCAAACUUGGGAAAUUCAUGCUACCUCAGUUCAGUGGUGCAGGCGUUGUUCAGUUAUGAGAGCUAUGAUAACUUUUUCAGAAACUUGCUGUUUGAUAAACAUGUCGCUGACCCAGCAAUAGACUUGCGCUCGCAAAUGCUUAAGCUUUACGAUGGUUUACUUUCUGGUAGGUAUUCGAAGCCUAACCCAUUGGAUAGUCAGGGCUACCAAGCAGGAAUUAAACCUUCGUCUUUCAAAACCCUCAUCGGAGCAGAGCAUGCCGAAUUCAAGACAAAUAAGCAACAGGAUGCUUACGAGUUCCUUCUUUAUCUCCUUGACAAGUUAGAUAGGGAGUACGGGCUCUCAUUGAACGAAGAAUUCAAGUUCCUAUUGACUUCGAAAGUCCUUUGUACUAACUGCAAGUCGGGAACAUUAUCCACAGAGCUCGUUGACAACGUUUCUGUCCCACUAGAGGAAAUAGAAGAGGGAAAAACUGAAGAAGGGAAACCGGUUUAUAAAGAAAUGAGCUUACCAGAAUGCUUUAAACGGUUUGCUGCUACAGAAGAAAUUGAAAACUACAAGUGUGAUACAUGUGGGGAAACUUCCACUGCUUUGAAAACGACUGGCUUCCGGAGCCAUCCUAAAAACCUCAUCGUUGGCGUGAACAGAAUUAAGUUGGAGAACUGGAUUCCUAUGAAAAAGGACGUCGCAGUUGACAUCCCAGACUCUUUGCAACUUUCUUCUCUUGGUGCACCUAGCUUUGAGCUGGGAGAAACGGAAGUGCUGGAAACACAAAAUUCAGCGUUUGUGCCUAAUGAAGAAGCCAUGUCAAUGCUUUCUAGUAUGGGCUUCGGCGAAGCUCGCAGUGCUCGAGCUCUUUUCCACACGGGCAACAAAAAUGCGGAAGAGGCAAUGAACUGGUUGUUUGAGCAUAUGGACGAUCCUGGAAUUGAUGAUCCUUUUGAUGUGUCAAAGGAACAAGAUGGAAACAGUGCACCGGAGAACCUUGAAGCUAUCGAUAAUUUAGUGGCCAUGGGUUUCAGUGCUCUUCUUGCCAAAAAGGCGUUACAUUUAAACGGAAACGAUGUAAAUGCCUCCGUGGAAUGGCUUUUCAGUAACCCAGAUGAUGAUGGAGUUAUUCAUGACAAUCAACCUGUGUUUAACAUUAAAGAAGAAUCCGAAAAAUUGAAGAAGAAGCUAUUAGAGGAGCCCAUGGGUUCUGGAAAUUACAGAUUGAAGGCUGUGGUUUGUCAUAAAGGCUCAUCCCCUCAUACGGGUCAUUACGUUGUAUUUGUGAGAAUCAAAGAGGAGUGGGUACUUUUUAACGACGAGAAAGUUGUUCGGUGUGACAACAAUUUGGAAGACAUGCGCAAAAAUGGCUACAUAUACUUCUUCUCCCAAGACUAG